GUUAUAUUCAGCUUUCUUAGUUCAUGUCUUGAAGCGUGACGCAAACACUCACGCAAAGCCCUAACCGCAGCGCCUUUCACUCGCCUGAGGGCUCCUUUCAGUUGCACUUCCAAGAAACAGUCUUAAUUGGGGCCUCUUGCAGUUUACAUUGGAACAUUAUCCAUUCGGGAGGCAAUUCGAACUUCCUGAGCUCACUUCCUGUGUCGUCAUCAGAAAUCGCGGUGCACGCGAAGUCCGUGGCCGCGCGAAGGAUUACUCUAGCUUCUUUGCCUUUACGAGCUAUAAGACCGUGUUAUUAGUUCAGGUAGAGCGAAUAUGUGGGCCCCUUCAAGGGCGGUCCGACUCCAGCAGCGGCAGGGCUCCGCCGCGCCCGCCGCGUAUGGCGAAGCCAGCUGCUCACGGCCCUGCGCGACAGCAGGCCCCGCCGCUGCUGUACCAGCACGGACGAGCUUUACAUUGACGUCGGAGACAUGCAGGCAAGCCGUGUGCCAGCCAGCAAGAAGUCCUGGAUGGCAGGGCAGGGGCCGGCGCAGGGGCGGGUCUGCUGUGGUGCCCGCCGCGUGGCGGGAGCGCACCUACAGGGGAGGCGGCGGCGGCGCCGAGGGCUUUGGCCCGGGAAGCAGCAUGAAUUCGGAGGAGACCGGCCGCAUGAUGCAGAUGCAGCAGCAGGUGUUUGAGCUCAAGCAGCGGCUGGUGGAGUCGGAGGUCCAGCGGCAGGCGGCGGAGAAGGCGAACAGCACGGCGCAGUCGGAGGCGGAGCGCCUGCGGCACCGCCUCAUGCAGGCGCGCUGGGCGCUAGCGGCGGUGGCGGCGCUUCUGCUCGUGGCUGCGGGUGUGCUGCUGUGGGCCGAGCUGGAGGCGCCGCCGCUUGGGACCAUGGCACUGCCGCCGGGCGGCGUGCCGGGGCUCCUGAAGGAGUGGGUGGGCGGCGUGUGGGCACGUGUGGUGGGCGCCUGGGCGCUGUUGGUGGCGGAGGGGCGUGUGGCGGCGCUGGCACUGGCUGCCGCGGCCGCACGCGUUGUGCCGCGGUAGUGCUUAGGUGUGCCCGCUGGUGGCUAGGUACGGUGCUUCGUGCCCCCGGCGCCCGGUGCCGCGGCAAUCGCUGCGUAUCCCUCUGAGGCAAAGGGCAGCAUAGCGUUGUGGCGUGUGGGUUGCCGCAUUAAAACGGUGCAGCUGCUGUGUGAAGGUAUUGUGCAUACAGAUUGCAGACACGAUUCGGCCUGCUCGCCGGCAUGCACGGUAUUAGCCCUUUGGCAGCAGUCACCCUAUCACCACAUGCGCUAUGCGGUUUAGGCAGGGGUAAUGUAUUUCUUUGUUGGCGUUUGGUCGCUUGGAUGACGUACUUGAUGGCCUGUUGAUUUUAUUGCGUUUGAGGAAAGGGUGAAGUUCGUUGAACCAUCGUGCACGCCCCCAAGCGUUGGUGAUGAAGAUCUGCACAGAGUGAAUGUGGCAAAAUGGCAAAUCGCAAUGUAUUUUGCCGGCAGGCACAAGUGCAGCGGGCCAGGGCCCUAGGGCUAGGGCACUGGGUUAGGGCACUCUGGCGUCCUUCAGACCAGCAGAUGCCGCGGGCCUUCCGGGAAAUCCGGGUUACACUGGGCCAGUCGGGCGAUAUAAGGGCCCCCAGCGGCCCAGCCCGACCCUCUGGUGUUUGGAAGGGCAUGGUUGCAUGCGAGGUUGUGCGCUUGCGCAACUUGUAACCGC